UCUUCUGUUAGCUCCUCCUUCCACAAAAGAAAGGAACUUUCAUUAACUCCAACAAAUAUCUACGCAGAUAUUUGUUUUACUGCCUAAAAUCGAGCUGAGAGUUUUAUAGAAGAAAGACAAAUUGAAACGGAAAGUAAAUGAAAAGGGAAUUGCAACCGAAGAACAGUUUAGGACAUUUCCCGCAAGGGAUUUAUUGCGAUUUCUGAUUAUUUUCUCCAAUUAAUGAAAGAUCGGAGACAUAAAGCUGCAAAAAGACACCUUCUUGAGACUUGUUGCUCUCAGAUUCUUUGACGCUGCUUCACUUGGGUCACAAAGUUCGUUGCUUUUCUCUAACUUGUGUCAUUCAAGUGGAUCUGGAUUCUGGUUAAGGAACUUGGAGAUUCUCCAACUAAAACCCUCCUCGUUUGUUUGGUAAUAGAUAUAUGAAUUAGAUGGACCCGAAAAGUUGUUCGAAAUCAACCAAUGUUUGUGAAAGUUCGAGUGGAUCUGUGCUUGAGGCUGUGAUUGUCGUUGAUGUUAAGGGUGAAACCAAUGGCUCUGUCUCAAAUCAUGUGUUGAUAAAAGAACAAAAUGAGAAUAAACCACAACAAGGAAAAGAAGAUGACUCAAGAGUGGGCAAAUAUGGUGUUAGAUGCAGUAACAGUUCAACUAAUGCUGUUCACGAGGAAGUUGUGGGUACUGUUACUGCGGUAAGCUGCAACGAGGCAGGGAGUGAUGCUUCAACAAAAGCAAAGACCAAGGAGUUUCACACGGUCGAUUUAAGUGGUGGAGGAGAGAGUGAUCUUGGGCAAAGAAUCUGCAGGAUUUGUCAUUUUGGUUCUGAUCAGUCACCAGAUAGAGUUUCUGGUAAGUCAGUAAGUCCAGACUUGGUUGAGAUUGGUUGCAAAUGCAAGAACGAGCUUGGCCUUGCGCAUUCUCAUUGCGCUGAAGCUUGGUUCAAGCUAAGAGGAAACAGUGUAUGUGAAAUUUGCGGUUGCACAGCAAAGAAUGUUACAGUAAGGUUAACGGAGGAGGAGUGGAGCGAAGUAAGGGAAACUACAUUGGAUGAGAGGAGACGUGGAAGUGGACAAUCUUGCUGCAUCUUCAUGGUUUUUCUGCUUACUGUCAUUCUCCUUCAUUGGUUUUUCAAAAAGAUUAGCAGCUACUACAGAAACACUUCUAAUUUGUGAGUUUGUAAGUAAUAUCUGUUGAUAAUUCUGUCAUCCGUUUCUGCCUCUAGACGAUAAGGGAAAAAAAGAAGAAGAUAUAAUACAAAUUAUUCGAUUUAAUAAAAAAAAGAAUACAAAUUCUUAGUUCAAAGUUUAGUACAUG